AUGCCCCGGCGGAACCCGCUCGCCCUCGGCCUGCUCGUUUGCCUGCUGGCCGCUCCGCUGCUGGGCUGCGGCCCGGGACGGGGCCCGGUGGGGCGGCGGCGGCUGGGGCGGCGGCAGCUCUCUCCGCUGCUCUACAAACAGUUCGUGCCCAACGUGCCCGAGCAGACCCUGGGGGCGAGCGGGAAGGCGGAGGGCAAAGUCCUGCGGGGCUCGGAGCGCUUCAGGGACCUGAUGCCCAACUACAACCCCGACAUCAUCUUCAAGGACGAGGAGAACACGGGGGCAGACCGGCUCAUGACCGAGCGCUGCAAGGAGCGUGUGAACUCUUUGGCCAUCGCGGUGAUGAAUAUGUGGCCGGGGGUGAAGCUGCGGGUGACAGAGGGUUGGGACGAGGAUGGGCACCACCUCCCUGAUUCGCUGCACUACGAGGGCCGGGCGCUAGACAUCACCACUUCCGAUCGGGACCGGCACAAGUACGGCAUGCUGGCACGCCUGGCCGUCGAGGCUGGCUUUGACUGGGUCUACUACGAGUCCAAGGCUCACAUUCACGUCUCCGUCCGAGCAGAUAACUCCUUGGCCGUUCGCACCGGUGGCUGCUUCCCCGGACACGCCACCGUGACGCUGCGGAACGGCGAGCACCGGGGUCUGGCUGACCUACGCCAGGGCGACUGGGUGCUGGGCGCCGAGCCAGGCGGGCGCCUGGUGCCCACCCAGGUGCUGCUCUUCCUGGACCGCGACCUGGCCCAGAGAGCCUCCUUCGUGGCCAUCGAGACGGCCAGUCCCGCGCUUCGGCUGCUCCUCACCCCGUCCCACCUCAUCUUCGCUGCCCGCGGCGUAGCCAACGGCACCGCGGCCGCCUUCUCGCCCGUCUUCGCCCACCGUGUGCGCCCGGGGGACGCGGUGCUGGCCCACGGGGCCGGCGGGCAGGGCCUGCGCCCCGCGCGGGUGCUGCGGGUCUCACGGGAGGAUGGCGUGGGGGUCUUUGCCCCCCUCACCUCCCACGGGACCCUGCUGGUUAACGGGGUGCUGGCAUCCUGCUACGCCGUCCUGGAGAGUCACCGCUGGGCACACCGAGCCUUCGCCCCGCUCCGCCUCUUCCACGGGCUCCUCUCACUGCUGCCCGCCCGCCCCGACACCGGUAACGGGACGAUGCCAGAGGCUGGCAUGCACUGGUACUCCCGCCUGCUCUACCGGCUGGCCGGCGGCAUGCUGGCCCCCGAGGCUCUGCAGGCCUAG